CACAACACACACAAACAUAUCUGGGGUCCAAGCAAGGUCUGUCUACCUUACAUGACGCUCCAUACUUGCGCCAAAUUUCACCUGUAAGUCAGAACAACGCGUUCAUACAUUACUGGUUUAUUUCUUUCAGGCUUGGAUUUGAACCUAAACACUCCACCGACCGCUCCACGGAGGGGACCUCUAAGUACAGGUAAUGUCGCUAUCGUAGUUUGGGUAAUUAGUGGAUGUGAUAAUGUGAUCACUUUAAUAUGUGUCAGAUUUCACGCAGUCACUGGACCAUAGCAAUGUCAACACUGUUUUCUUUUAAAAGUCGAUCAACGAACUGUAACGGACCCGUGUUUAAGACGACUGUUUCAAAAUGAUUUUCGGUUUUAGCGACUGUCUUAAAUUAAGUACCGGGUAGCCUCGGUGUGGGGCAAUGUGGCAGUGUGGUAAUGGGGCAAUGUGGCAAUGUGGCCAAGUUUUAACAAAUGUCUGUGGAUUAGGCGUCAGAAAAAUGAAUACUUUUUCUGGAAAUUUCGGCGGACCAUCAUUUAAAAAAAAGUUCUCUCUCUCUCUCUCUUUUCAUCUCUCUCCCUCGCUAUCUCUCUCUCUCUCUCUCUCUCUCUUUCUCUCUAUCUCUCUCUCUCUAUCUCUCUCUCUCUAUCUCUCUCCCCAAAUCUUUAUGUGAGCUUGUCAAUAGUCAUGGCUGUGGGGUUUUGACUUUGAAAUCCGUUGUAUGUCCCAGCGGCAAAAUGGAAAUUAUUAUUUUAAAUGUAACUACCUGCGUAUUCAACAUAAGGCGUGCAUUAGAUUAAGAACAUCUUGUUGAUUGUUGACAUAGUUUUAUUAAAAAAAAUGGCGUCAUUUGUUUCUAUACAGGCAUCAGGGCAGUGGUUGAAACAUAUAAGACCUACUGCAGUGUCUCACAAACUUGUCUACACUCCGCACCACCCCCUGCCCCCCACCCACCCUUGGCACUUUUUAACAACGUAUCACAGCUCCCACCCCCACCCCCACCCCCAACUCAUGUAACAAUUAUUUGUUCAUUUCAAAAUCGGAAUAUAGAAAUAGACAUCUCAUUGUUCAAUCAAAGUCUACAAAUUGAAUACGAAAGCGUACCAAAUAAAACGGUGACUUUAAAUAUUACAGAGUAACAUAAAACGGUAAUGGUGACCAUCUAAACAUCUAUUGUCCCUUCAUGACCUAAAGGUCGACAGCCCCACUGCUCUUGUAAUCAUUUGUCCUUAAGGUCAACAACCCCACUGCUCUUGUAAUCAUUUGUCCAAAAGGUCGACAGCCCCACUGCUCUUGUAAUCAUUUGUCCUAAAGGUCGACAGCCCCAUUGCUCUUGUAAUCAUUUGUCCUUAAGGUCAACGACCCCACUGCUCUUGUAAGCAUUUUUCCUUAAGGUCAACAACCCCACUGCUCUUGUAAUCAUUUGUCCUUAAGGUCAACGACCCCACUGCUCUUGUAAUCAUUUGUCUUUAAGGUCAACAACCCCACUGCUCUUGUAAACAUUUGUCCUUAAGGUCAACAACCCCACUGCUCUUGUAAUCAUUUGUCCUUAAGGUCAACAACCCCACUGCUCUUGUAAUCAUUUGUCCUUAAGGUCAACGACCCCACUGCUCUUGUAAUCAUCUGUCCUUAAGGUCAACAACUCCACUGCUCUUGUAAACAUUUUUCCUUAAGGUCAACAACCCCACUGCUCUUGUAAUCAUUUGUCUUUAAGGUCAACAACCCCACUGCUCUUGUAAACAGUUUUCCUUAAGGUCAACGACCCCACUGCUCUUGUAAUCAUCUGUCCUUAAGGUCAACAACUCCACUGCUCUUGUAAACAUUUUUCCUUAAGGUCAACAACCCCACUGCUCUUGUAAUCAUUUGUACUUAAGGUCAACAACCCCACUGCUCUUGGAACCAUUUGUCCUUAAGGUCAACAACCCCACUGCUCUUGUAAUCAUUUGUACUUAAGGUCAACAACCCCACUGCUCUUGUAACCAUUUGUCCUUAAGGUCAACAACCCCACUGCUCUUGGAACCAUUUGUCCUUAAGGUCAACAACCCCACUGCUCUUGGAACCAUUUGUCCUUAAGGUCAACAACCCCACUGCUCUUGUAACCAUUUGUCCUUAAGGUCAACAACCCCACUGCUCUUGGAACCAUUUGUCCUUAAGGUCAACAACCCCACUGCUCUUGUAAUCAUUUGUCCUCACAAUCCAUGGAAAGAGCCCCAGGUUGGGAAACCCCCGCCCCUUACAGGGGUGAAUGGGCCGGGUUUGGUGUAAUCUCGUGACUUCUUAAUUCAGAACGAAUGACAUAUUUUUGUCAAACUUUACUGCGCCAUCGAUUAAAUUGAAAACCCAUAACCACAGCUUCACACUACAGCAAGCAUAACCACAGCUUCACUUUACAGCAAGCAUAACCACGACUUCACAUUACAGCAAUCAUAACUACAGCUUCACAUUACAGCAAGCAUAACCACAGCUUCACUUUACAGUAAGCAUAACCACAGCUUCACAAUACAACAAGUAUAACCACAGCUUCACUUUACAGAAAGCAUAACUACAGCUUCACAUUACAGCAAGCAUAAUCACGACUUCACAUUACAGCAAGCAUAACCACGACUUCACAUUACAGCAAGCAUAACUACAGCUUCACAUUACAGCAAGCAUAACCACAGCUUCACUUUACAGUAAGCAUAACUACAGCUUCACAUUACAGCAAGCAUAACCACAGCUUCACACUACAACAAGUAUAACCACAGCUUCACUUUACAGAAAGCAUAACUACAGCUUCACAUUACAGCAAGCAUAACUACAGCAAGCAUAACCACAGCUUCACUUUACAGCAAUGUCUCUUCAAACUUUUCCCUCUUUAAAAAUGUCGUCGGCAAAUUGUAUGACAAGUACUAUGUGCCCAAUCUGCUAAAGAACAAUAAAUUAUGAUUUAUCUACUAAACUACGGUACGUGUAUCUACUGAAGCCGGGGUCGGCAACCUAUGGCACGCGUGUCAGGCUUGGCACAAAUAGCGAUUUUCAUUGACACGUGGAAGACCCACAAAAGUUAUUAUAAAUGACAAAAAAGACGUCUUAAAUGGUAGACGUAUGAACUAUUGGCACGCUGAAUGAAUUAGAAGUCUACUUUGCUACGCUGAAUGAUUUAGAACUCUUACUUUUGCACGCUGAAUGAAUUAGAAGUCCUACUUUGGCACGCCGAAUGGAUCAGAAGUCCUACUUUGAGUGUUUACUAAUGCCGACCCCUGUACUACAGCAUAGUUUUAUAUGUAUCUAUUACAGUACUGUUUAUCAACUAACGCAUAUGUUUUUAUGUAGCUACUAAAGUAUAUGUUUAUAUGUAUCUACUAAGGUAUAAUAUGUUUAUAUGUAUCGAUUAAAGUUAUGUUUAUAAAUAUCUACUAAAGUAUAGUUUGAAUAUAUAUCUCAUAAAGUUCGGCUAUUAUGUAUAUCUACUAAAGUUCUAGCACAUGAAUCAACUAAAGUGCGGUGCAUUUAUCCACUAAAGUACGGCCCAAGAACUCGUAGCUAAUGAAAUGUAAAUUAGGACUAACAGUUUUCUAACACUCCAUGUAAGGAUUUGCUUAACCUAAAAUAGAUACAAGUGUCUGUAGCGAUCAAAUGUGUGGACCAGCAGGUUUGCUGAGGACACAGAGCACACCAUUCUAGUGUGGGAACGUCUUGCCUAUCUUUGACUAGGUAAAAAAAUGCUUCUUUGCCCAUAUGCUUAACUUGAACUGAAGAAGGUUUUUUUUUUUUUUUAAAUAGUUUUUUUGUUUACAAUAUUGUAACUGUCUCAUUGACAGUGAAUGAUUGUUGACAUUAAGCUACAGUACGAAUGAUACACGCUGUGUUACUGGAAUGAUGAAUGAAUCUCGAAGACACAUUCUAAAAUGGUUUCUUUCUUUAAUGGCGUAAGGCAAUUUUCAGGGAAUAGGGCCCGUGAUUAUAAAUCUUAUAGGACAAAAGUAUUUUUAAAAAAACACAAUAAAAAUUGUUGGCCUUUUUACUGCUCUAAAGAUAUUUGGAAAUUAUUUUCUUAAAUAGAUGACUUAUCUAGCAUUUUUAAAAGGGGGGUGCGGGCUGAAAAGGGGGGGUGGGGAAUAAAGUAUUUUAAUAGUUUUAGAUAACUUCAUUGUUUUCCUUUCAUUUUUAGAGAAGAGUUGUUUCCCAUUUUACAAUUUGGUGCAGAAGUCUAAACUUCCCUUUAACUUUAAUGACUUUAGUACCGUACUAAAAUAGUACUCACUUGUAUAUAUCUUGUAUCUAGACUCUAGACGAUAGGGACUUCACGCCAACAAAGUAUUUUGAUCGGUGUCCUGACUGCAGCCCAGAGAAGAGAGUUGUAUACCCACCCCACUUUUUUCUAACUAAAUGAGUUUUGUAAUGUAACUGUUUGGAACUUUUAACAUCCCCCCCCCCCAAAAAAAAAACCCAACAAAGUAUUUUGAUCGGUGUCCUGACUGCAGCCCAGAAAAGAGAGUUGUAUACCCCCCCCCCUUUUUUCUAACUAAAUGAGUUUUGUAAUGUAACUGUUUGGAACUUUUAACAUCCCCCCCCCCCCAAAAAAAAAAACCACCACCACCACAUGUAUCUGUAUGCAUAACUUCUAAAUGUACAUAAGUUCGAUCAAUAGCCUCUACUAAAAAGAGGUGUGUGUAUAUCAUUCCUUUAAGUUUUUUUGUAGCGGUCUCACUGGUUGCCGAUUUUAUUUAUGAUUUGAAACAUGUUUUUAAAUAAGAAAAUCAUGCUUUAACAUAGUCAAAGAAACGAAGAAAGAGAGAGUGAAAUAGUCAAAGAAAUUAAGAUAGAGAGCAGAGAGAGUGACAAAAGGGGUAAUAAGGAAAAGUUUGUAAUGUUUUUGAGGUAAUUGAAAAAUCUGGAAAGUGUCCAAAAUCUGGAGAUGAUUAAAUAUCAAGGUGAGAUGUUGAGAGGGUUUUGUGGUUUAUAAUCUGCUGAGCUGUGCACGGAGGGAAGGUGAGAGGAGAGGGCUCCAGCAAUCCUCCUUCACACCAUCUUCUCACCGUCUACACCAUCUCCUAGACGGCAUGGAGAAGGAUUACCGAUCCUCAUUUUAAGAGCAUAAUAAUGUAUUUGUAAAUAAAGCCGGUAGUGACAGGAACUUCACUACUCAUCACGAUCGACUCAGACCUUGAGACCAUGUAAAGAAACGUUGUUCUGUCUAGGGCAGCGGUUCUCAGCCUGUUGGCCGCGACACCUUUGGGGAGUCGAACGACCCUAACACAGGGAUCGCCUAAGGAAAACAAGUGUUUAUGAAGUAGCAACGAAAAUGGUUUUAUGGUUUGGGGGGGGGGGUGUCACCAUAACAUGAGGAACUGUAUUAAAGGGUCGCGGCAUUAGGAAGGUUGAGAACCACUGGUCUAGAGCCUUUUGGCUACUGAAACAUGAACUCUUUGUUCGAUGCAACAUAAGCGAACAUUUUAUGCAUUGGUGUAUACGGAUAAUUAACUGGGGUGAGGGUAAUAGAACUUGGGGGUUUGGGGUAAAGGGCACUUAGGGGAAAGGGGGGUAUUUAUAGAGUGCAUCUUCAAUUAACGGUAUUCCCCAAUCAACACACCAAAUUCACCGGAGUCAAGUGUCAGAGGUCAGGGUUCAGUGCCACCGUGGAAGAGAGAUACAGAAAUGGUUCACACAUAUUCGAAAGAAUUUUUCAAGUUUUCAAACCUUAAAUUAUUAUAAAUCCCAUUUGAACAACGUCAGGUAAGCAUGGACGAAACGUGUCAGAGGCGUAGCGAGAGUGUUUGGCGCCCGGGGACACGAUUCACUUGAAAGAGCCUCCUCUUCUAGGUUUCAAUUCUCAAAUCCAUUAUUUUCAGUACCGGUAAUAAAAUAAUAUUAAAGCACAUUUUGGCGCCCAAACUAGUCUGGCACCCACAGAAAUCCUCCCCCCCCCCAGCGACCCCUCCUUUUUACUACGCCCCUGAAACUUGUAUCUGAGCUCAUUCUGGAAUAACGUCAGAAGAUCAAGUACGGUACAAUUGAAGAUAAUCAGGGUUUUAUUCUUGAUAUAUUUCAACUCGAUCCUCAGGCUUUGCUUAAUUUAAACCUUGUGUGGCCGCUGGUUCAUUUCCCAUUCUCAUAGCUGCUGUAUCCUAACGUUCCCUUCCGAGUGCCACAUUGUUCUAGAUACUUUUUUUCAUUUUUAUUUUGUUUCGGGUAUCUAUUUUUUGUAUUCUUAUCUUUUUUUUUGAGGAGUUUUCAAAGCUGGUGAUGGAUGCUGGAUGGCUCCGUGGAAAUGAUGUUGGCGAUGUCAUAUUAUUGUCAUUAUUCUACCAAGUUUGCUUCUUUUACGCAUCUCUGAAAGAGAUUUAAGAGCUAAUUUUAUUUAUUUAUUUAUUUUUUUUAAUUGGAUGGUGCCUUCUCUUUGCGUUGGCGUUAAACUUCUAUUCAGAACACCCCCUACACGCUUAAGAAUAUAUUUUUUAAAACUAAAUAAUGAAUACAUUAUAUCAUUAAAUUAGAUAACGAUGUUUGAUGACAUUCAAUCAUUCAUUUCAGACCCUAACCAUCAUGGCUGCCGGCAAUGUACAGAUCCCCAAACUGACCGAUGGCUACUUGGGCCCACAAGCCAAAUUCGAAGCUUACGGGCUCACCCUCGUGUCUCACGGCGACCCGGUCAUCUUCAUGCAAGAUGACCAGAAGGAAGUGGAGAUCAUUCUAGGCAUCCAGCCGGGGACAAGGGUCACGAUCAAACUCUUGUCCCACGAGAGAAAACAAGAAUGCAACGACUACUGCCUGAUCAGACAACUGGGGCCCAACUACCUCUUCCUGAUUCGCCCGCCCCUGCCCGGUUUCUACAAAUUCCAGAUCUACGCGCUCCCGAGCGACGAGGCCGGUCCGCAGAUGCUGGGCGUGUACAACUAUCUCAUUUACAGCCCCGGCAGCUUUGGGGACAAUCCUUUUCCCAAGCAGUACCCGCCGUGGAAGGACGGCUGCUACCUGUACGAGCCGAUAUCCUUGCCCCGUGGGAUCAGGGACCCCAUGGUUAAGUUUAAGGUGCUGAUCCCCAAGGCGAGAGACGUUCAAGUGAAAGUCGCCGAGGAAUGGAACCCGCUGCAGCAAUCGGAGCCGGGGAUAUUCGAGGGGCUGGUAGACUUUAGCCUCGGUUACCCUUCAGGGGCUAAGGCGAAACUGAAUGUUAAAUUCGCUGGGAACAAUUAUAACACGCUCUUGGAAUAUUCGCUUUAAAAUUUACUGCAUUUCUUCUGCCGUUUAAAUUUAACCACUGCGCAUAUCUUAAUCUUAGCUUGGAUGUGGAGGUCGCUACGUUACAUUUUAAAUAAGUAUUCUGUACGAAAUAGAACAAGGAUGUUUUGUUCCUUUAGACACGGUAACAGGAAAAAUGUUUCUUUUAUAUUGGUAUAUAAAUGUAUUAUUAUUUUUUUUUUUUAUUAAACAGUACAAGAGAGUAGAAAAUGCUUCAUUUUGACCAUUUUCUCUGAAUAAUAAUAAUAUUAUAAUCUCUAGGACAUUAAUCAGUAGGCCUGACAGAGAAGCUAGCCUGAAAUGAUGCAAUGGUUGCCUUCUAACGUUUAAAAGCCAAGAACGUCACGGGUUACUGUGGUCUUGUGUCAGACUGACAAACUGCCAGACAACGUGAUGACGUGAUGGGAUCGAAACAAACAACGUAAACACUAGAUAAACUGGUUGGGG